AUGGUUCUCCCAGCUGUUCCUGAAAUCUAUGAGGAGGAGGAUGUCUUUACCGCAGUCGACGCUCGCACGGACGCGCUGCAAAAUCUACGAGAAUUAGGACCUCCGGAUCUGGUUUACCUUGUUAAGCAAUCCAAGACCAAUCCAACGCGCCAGACCGGUGUCUAUCACCAUGUUACAGGCAUCGAUGCGUCGUCCUCUGCCAGUCUCGCCGCAUACGUUAACACGCUUACAUAUUCGCCCGUUGAUAAACAAAAUAAGGUGAUCUCAGGGGUCUACUGCUGUUAUAAUGCCUUUUCUCAUUUGGAUAUGCGAGUAGAGGUUAAAAUUCCCGGCAGUCUUGAAAGCUAUUGUAUCGAUGAGCGUGGAGACAAACGGGUUGCGACAGAUGCUCUAUGGCUCGAGACAUUUCUUUGUGCAGUUCUGCGGUCAUACACGUACGCAGACGACGGCACGGGCGACGCGAUCAAGAAAAUUGUCGGGGUGCGCAGAUUCAACCCGGUGACGAAUACGGAGAUGGAACACAAGUUCUUGGAGGCGGCGGAGAGACUAUUUUUCAUGGGACGACAACUCAGUUCAGAACCCGAAACACAAGUACCCAAUACUGUCGCAAAUCAUUUGACCUCGGGCCUUCUCAAGUAUAUACACACUACCGGUCGGUAUGCGUCAGGUAUCAAUCUCUUUGAGAAGCUGCGAACAAAGGAUGUCGAAGUAUCUUCCCUUCUCGCGCGGGUCCUCAUUUCUGCAGACGAGGAAGUGCAAGCUGUUCGUCUUAUGCACGAUGCUCUGCAGGAUGUACCCAUGGACUACGCGCUUUUGGACUGUCAAGCGGCUUUCUGUCUCAGCAAGGGUGAAGGAGAGCUUGCUCUUGAAUGUGCCAAGCGCAGUGUUACUGCAGCGCCCAGCGAAUUCAGUACAUGGGCUCGACUAGCCGAAGUAUAUGUCGCCUUGGAGCAGUGGGACUUGGCGCUUCUUACUCUGAACUCAUGUCCAAUGUUCACAUAUCAAGAUAAAGAUAUUCCUCGAAUGCCUCCUCCGUCGCGAGUCCUUCUCCCAAUUUUAGCAGAAAGUGCCCUGGAUGAAAUUGAUGAAGGCCAGCCCAAACAAGGAGACCCGCAUGACUUUGUACAUCCGUCUCUGCGAAAGCUGCAUGCUACCGGUUACCAGGGAACAUUUUUGAAGGCCUAUGAGUUGCUCACAAAAAUUGCAGCUGCUAUCGGUUGGGAUCAGCUUUUGAAAAUUCGAAGUGAUGUGUUUGUGAUGGAAGAAGAGUAUCGAGUCGAACGGCAACAGACAACCAAACCCAGCCACUCGCAUAACGCCAGCACCGUCGCACUUCAUCCACCUGCCAGUCCUAACACAGCCACGGCUAGUGAUGAUGGCGAUACGGGCGCGGAUCACUCCGAUCGACCAAACGGCACUGAGAAUGGAAUUGGAAAUCUUGAGCCAACGGAAGCUAGCACGAUUGAAAAACCCGAACACACUGUAGCUUCGGAAACCGUCAAGUCCGGAAACGAAGAUCCGGAUCCUUCACAUGGCGACUACGCUCAAUUCCAGAACAAACGCUUGUGUGAGCGGUGGUUGGAUAAUCUUUUUAUGGUCUUGUACGAAGACCUUCGCAUUUAUACUAUAUGGCGAUCGGAGAUGGCUCAGUCACGGCACCAAUCGCUUGACUACAAGAAAACCGCGACUGAGUGGGAAAUACUAGGAGAGCUGGCCGAGCGACUCCAUCAUUUUGACGAGGCUAUUGAGGCAUACAGACAGUGUCUAUCGAUACGGUUCUCGCCCAAGGCUAUGCGUGGUAUCUUGAAGCUGUAUGAGAAGCAAGGUGAUACACGAGGCAUGCUCAAUGCGCUGAUCCGGUUGAUAGCCUGGCAGUACCGCUGGUAUUCAGAAUUCUCUCCGGAUCUGUUAUUAUUAGUACGCAAACUCAUUGAAGAAGAAGGCGCGGUCAAAGUCCGCAGUAUUGUGCAAGCGACCAACUUGCCGCAACCUGUGCUCGAUUUGACGCAUCAGUACUGCCAGAUUUGUGCUACAUUUCGCAGCACUGGCAGCGAUGUUUGAUAUGUGUGGUCGGUAUAAAUGUACUUACAUAUUUUAAUUCGAUUUCUUUCUAAUGUGAGCAUAAUAUUCAAUCAUGCAUAC